AUGCGUCGGUUGCUGCUUGUCCUCCUCCUGUCUGCCCUCGCCUUUAGCGAUGACGUGGACAUUGCUGACGAUGAGCCGACUCCGUCGAAAGUCAAUGAGCCCGAAACUUUCGACGCUGAAAGUGAAUUCAAGGGAGCGAAAGACAUGAACGCUCUUUUCUCGUUUGUUGAUCCGCCUCUUGGCUUCGUACAGUCAACUGGUCCUGUUUCAAUUGUUGCCGGAAAAAUCUGCAAAUUUGUUGUCUCGCUAGAAAAUACAGCCACAGCACCGAGCUCGGUACAGUACUCGCUGUAUAGCUUGGAGGCCGCUUUGCAUUACCCUCACUAUUAUGGAUAUCACAUUCAAAAUUUCACCACACAAAAACUCCAAAAUACGUUAGAACCGGGACAACAGGCUAGCUUGUUUUACGGCUUUACACCAUCCAUACAACUGGCCGGCCAACACUUUGAUCUUGCCGUGAUUCUAACCUACCACGACCAAAGUGCUCGACCAUACUUCCAUUCUUUAUUCAAUGCUACUAUCGCGCUUCUUGAAGAUGAUGAAGGAAUGGAUACUGAAAUUGUCUUCCUAACGAUUCUAGUCCUGGCUCUGACUGCUCUUAUAGCUUUCGCUUUGUGGUCUUGGAUUUUCUCAAAGGCCCUUAAGCGAUCUGCCAAGGUGGAGCCGACUCGUAAUAUGAAUGGAACAACUGAAAAUAAAUAUUCCACAGCCGCCAAAAAGGUCGAAUCACCUUAUAAGUCAGAGCGGGCUGACGGCUCAGUAAAACGCCGACAGGUGAAGAAAUGA